AUGGUUCGUGGUCGUAAGCGCGACAUCAGUGCUCCCUUGACUCGUUCUUUGAUUUUACAAAGAGAUUACCGAGCGCGAAAGGCGAAGUAUAUCUCGGAUUUGGAGACUCGAUACCAGAAACUUGAAGCGGAUAAUCUGAGGCUUUCGAAGGAGGUCCAAGAUCUCAAAUAUAAAUUGCGUCAGAAAAUAGAUCGCAAAGAAACACUGUUCGCUUCUCCGACAACUGAAGCAGAUACGGAAAAGACUCGUGCCUUAAACAAAGUCAUAUUUUCUCUAUCCUCCGCAGCAGCAUCCAUCAAAUCCUUCCAGAAUUUGACGAGGAGUGAUGACUACGACGUCCAGGCUCCUGAAGAGCGUACUUUAAUCGACUGGGAACGUGGGCGUCCUUCUCCUUCGACAAUGCCCAUAUCAAAUUUCUACGCAUAUAGUGACCAUACUGGCUUGUCCACUAAUGAUAUUCGACCUUUGCAACUCUACUCGCCCGUUUCAAAUCCUUCUCCCCCUCCUUCCCUUCCAACUUCGAGCCCCCGCAAUAAUCUCUCCGAGAGCUGGAACCCAGAAUUCAUGGCACAAAAUUAUUCCAGUGACACUAAUCCAGUGGACGGUUCUACUUCUCGGGCUCGUCACAUGCGGCCUCAAUCAGCAGCUGUAUCUGACCAAUACGAACAGUCUAAUGUAUAUCUUUCUUCUCAGGGUCGUUCAGGCCCUUCGGUGGAACUCUCGUCGUCGACCCAACCCGGAACAAUCACACAUUCUCAAAGUUUCUUUGAGCAUGAACUUUCUACAGCUUCAUUCAGAAAUGACCGAUCCUCCAAUCGUCCGGUAUCCUCGUAUGAUCGCCUACAUCACAACUCCACAGGCCAACUGAUACCCUUCAAAUUGAACGAACCCUCCCUCCCUCAGGACAUUCGUUCAAUGGCUCCCUAUAGCUAUGAACGAACACUUUCACAGAGUCUGCGAAACUUUGUAUAA